UCCCAUUCAAACCCUUCACAAAUCUCCCACCCAACCAAAAAAGAAAAAAAAAAGGAAUCAUCUCUUGUGUUCAUCAAAUUUCGAAAGUCAAAGUAUGACAUCUCUUCUGAAGAUUUCAAUCCUGGUAAUAGCCAUGACCAUGGCCCUGGCCAUCACCAUCACAAUGAAGGCCGUCCCUGAGGUGAAAACGAAGCCGCGAAUUGACCACAGACCCCCUGGCGAUGAGUUGAACAAGCCGGAUGCUCAAGUCCUAAUGCCUUCCAAAAGGGUCAGCCGGUUCCUAGCAGGUAACACUGUGGUGGGCACAAACCCUAGGGCGGCCCCGCAGGCAGCUGACCAUUGCAAGGACGACAACACCAUAUGCAACAUCCUCGGAGGCAAGUGCUGCCACAACAAGUGCAUGGACCUCUCGCUUGACAAGAAUAACUGCGGGACAUGCAAGAAGAAGUGCAAGUUCACUCAUACCUGCUGCCGUGGGGAGUGCGUGAUGCUUGCCUUCCACAAGAGUCACUGCGGGAAGUGCAAUAACCCAUGUCCGAAAGGUCAGUACUGCGUGUACGGAAUGUGCAGUUAUGCGUGAAGAAUGUCGUUGGGCGAUUCUGAGGAGGGGGUUCCAAAUGAAGAGAUUUGGGAUGAUAUAUAUCCACGAUUCUUUUUCAUGAAUAAGAAGGCCACGCGGUUUAAUUAUUAUGUGGUUCUCAUCAUCAACGAGAUUCAAAUUUAUACUUAUAGUUAAUUAGUCAUACAAAAAGAAAAGAAUUACCAUUAUCAAUACAUAAAUACAUAUAUAUAUAUAUAUAUAUAUAUAAUUGUAAUGUGGCUAUUGUGAAUCAAGUACGUGGUUAUAUAUGUACUCUAUAGAUUGCAUUGUCAUCGUUAAAGUACGUACAUAUAUCAUAUGUAGGUAGAGAGAGGGAUGCACAUUCCCUAUCC